GCUCCCAUGGUGCAGGCCACCCCUCGGAAACCCUGACCCCCCUGCUGGCCUGGGGAGCAGGAGUAGCAGGGCCCCAGUCUGGAAACACUCAGGACUACAUGGAUGGGUUUGGUCAGGAAUGGAAGCUGGAGAACAUCAGAAGAUGUGAUGUGAACCAGGCAGAUAUCGCUCCACUCAUGUCAUCCCUUAUUGGAGUCCCUUUCCCACUCAACUCUGUGGGCACCCUUCCUUUGGACUAUUUGGACAACACGGAUGGGUUUAAGGCAGAGAGUCUGUUUACUAAUGCCAGACAGGUGGUGGAACAAUUUGAGGUGAAAAUGAAGCAGAAGAGGGAAACAACAUUAUCAGUGUUCUUCAUUCCAUACAGUGACCUGACACCCAGCAAGCAACAAAACAUGCUUAGAAACAUUGUUAGUUUGAUGCAGACACAGCAGUAUCAAAAGGCAAUACUAGAAUGCAGAGAGCUGAUUGACCUUGCUUUGAAAGGACUACAUUAUUAUCACACCUAUGACAGGCUCUUUCUAUGUACAAGUGUGACCCUAGGGUUUAUAGGCUGGAUGUCGUAUGUUGUCUUGGUGUUGCUAAGAGACCACACCACCAUCAUACAGCAGCAAAAAUUGUACAAGGUAAAGAACUCAGUUGAUGCAUGGACCAAGGUACAGGACAAUGUCUCAGAACUUGUGUGUGGAACACUGGCAGCUGCUAUCCUGCUCUUCCUUCUGGUGAUAAAGGCUCCAUGGACAUACUACGUGUACUGUCUCCCACCUGCCUGGAUUCUCUACUGCGUUCUACAGAGAGGCUCUGACAUUUACAAACUGGCAGACUACAUAAAGGCCAACAACCUGACUCUCUCCCUGCUUGGGUCCUGUGUACUUGCAGUUCUCAGCUUAGAGCUGUUGGUGCUGAGUUUCUUCUGGCGACAGCUGCUUACAUUAGGACUAGUGGCCAUGGCCCUUUGGCCUUGGCUGUCUCUGAACAUCCACUGUGGGCAGGUGGGAAUGUGUUUCCUCUUAAGCCAAUAA